AUGGAGCGUGGCCUGGGAGUCUUUGUAGAUCUUAUAAUGGGCAAAGAAAAACAUCUUGACGAUCUCGAGAAGAAGCACCCUGACCUGGCGAAUAGAUUCCGUACAUUGAGAGGUCAGCUAGCUAUUCCAGCAGACCUGUGGAACUCUUCAUCAACUAGUCUUAUUCCUCAUGAGAUUUGGGUCCGAUACCGCCAAAUGGCAUAUGAUGACCUGAUCGACCUUAUUGUGAAGAUCCGUAGUGAAACGGAGUUUGAUGACUUCCUGUUUGUGCAAUUAGGAAAAGAAGUCAUGGGGUUUGGGAAAUAUGGCCCCUUUGUGCUUAACAACAUAAGUCGCUACCGUUGUGAUGCAUUUCUUAUCCAAAAGGACAGGAUUCAUGAUCAGCAACUAACCGAUCUGACAUUGGAAGACCUGCAGAAACAAGCAAAGUACCUUGAUUUGAGAGCUGAUGAUGGCAUGAAAUUCCUUCUGAACUGGGUUUGGGACACAAUCAAGGGCCCUUGUCUGCACGCUCUGGGCUCUGAAAAUUCCCCCGAAGCUGGUUCUCUGCCUCACGUCGAGUGGGUCUUUCGAGCCUGCAGGAAGUUCGAGAGAACUACAGCCUUUGAUAUUGUGGUUUAUACAUUCUGA